GAGAGGAGAGUUUAGCCCAGAGGCACUGUCCUUGACAAUUAAUGGGCUAGGCUUGAGUACUGACACAUAGAAUUCCUUUUUGUCCAUACAGGGAUUUGAACCUGGGACACUGUUGUCAAGAGUAGGCCUACAGUACCUGGCCUGAAUAUUACACAACUAGGCCUACUACAUAACAUGUCGAACCUUGGUUUUGUUUACCGUCCGAACAACUAGACGAAAGACUCAACAAACGGGAUUAAACUGGGUAGAGAAACCGGAGUUAUUUCCCUUAUCAUGGAAAGCAUGAAACGCACAUUAUCGAUUAUGGUUGCAACAUUUGAAGUAACAUCUCACAAGUCGUUAUUGUAGGAAUGAAAGAAGGGUGGACAGUUGGUGAUUCUUUGAUUAGCCUGUUAAAACUGUCAUGACAGAACAGAAGCAUAACACUGGCUUCUCCGUGGAUUGGGUCCCGUCCCCGACCUUUACUCGAUCUCUGUGAGUCUGUGGAUGCUGGCACGUCAUCUCUCUAUCUCCUAGCCUAAUCCUCGUGUAUUAGCAAAAACUCUGGCGAAAAUAUAACUUUUAUGAAAUGGCAGUAAUUGCCACCUUUCAGAAUUUGUGAAUGUCAUUGGAAGUUUUGAAUUAGAUCUAAAGAUAAAUAAUUUCAUUAACUUUCCCGUUCCGCCAGAUGGCGAUAUCGGCACAAUAUUGACAUGAUUAUGAUUUUGGCCAAUCAUUUACGUUCUUGUUUACUAAAGGCGCCCUUUUUGAUCAGAGAAAGCCGACUUUUACUUUGCGCCAACAACAACUUCUGUGAAAAAUAUUUUGAAGCAAAAUUCCAGAGAAGAUAUCACAGUGAAGAGAAAAAAGAAAUAAUCAAAAAGAUGUUGGGGAGUGUCAAUCUGAAAAAAUUUGGUAUUAAAGGAAACCUUGACCUAAAAGAUCUGGAUGACUUGGAUAUUUCAAAAAAGAAUUUUACGGUUUCUAUAGAAGGUAACAUUGGUUGUGGGAAGACAACUCUGUUGGAAUAUUACAGAAACUCUCCUAAUGUCGAGGCUAUACCGGAACCUGUGGAACAAUGGACCAAUGUUAAAGGACACAAUGCGCUGGAAUUACUCUACAAAGAUCCUAAAAGAUGGAGUUUUUCAUUUAAUAUGUACGCCCAGUUGACACGUAUAAAGAUGCAUCAACAUCAACAGAUUAAACCAAUCAAGAUGUUAGAAAGAUCAUUAUACAGCACUCAGUAUUGUUUUGUUGAAAAUGAUUAUAGAAAUGGAACGUUAAAUGGUUUAGAACAUUCUAUUAUAACAGAAUGGUUUAAUUGGUUGAUUGAAUCCCAACAAGUUACAGUCGAUCUCAUUGUUUAUCUGCGAGCUGAUCCUGAAGUUUGUCAUCAAAGAAUAAAACAACGUUCAAGAAAAGAAGAAUCCGGUGUCCCUUACAAAUUAAUUGAAGAAUUACACGAAUUACAUGAAGACUGGUUAAUACAUCAAACAUCAUAUAAAACACCGGCACCCGUUCUUGUUGUCGAUGCUAAUAAUAAUUAUGAUGUCAUGAAGAGUAUUUAUGAAGAUAAAAGACCAGAAAUAUUAUGUGGAUAUUGUUGAUAGACUAACGAACAAAUUAAUCACAGAUUUGUUAUCUAUUAUUUAGAUCUGUGUGUGUUUAAUAACUUGUGCUAUUAUUAUAUGUCAGCAAGAAUGUGGACAAUGUUGCUGUAUAGGUGAAACGGGUUGAGUCUUCAUAUUGUUAUAUUCGGAUCCUUGGAUCCUGGGCCCUUAUUAACGAAAACUUAAACUAAGAUACAAUCGAAAUUUUAAGAAAUACUGCAAUU